UCUCCCUCUCUCUCCUCUCUCUAGAUCACUCACAUUCUCUCUCUGUAUCAGAGAGAAGAGAAAAAGCUCUAACAAUGGUCGUCCUUACAAGAACACUGUUCUCAAUCUCAGCAGCUCUAGUCAUAAUCAUAUCACUCUUUGUCCAUGUAAAUGCAGUUCAAGAAACAAGGGAAACGAAACAAGAAAGCUCAAGAAACACAUCAACGGUUGAUAAUGAAUGGCAUGAACAUGCUGUGAAAGACCCAGAUGAAAUAGCAGCAAUGGUCGAUACGAGCAUACGUAACAGUACGUACAGGAGAAAGCUAGGCUACUUCUCCUCUUGUUCAACAGGAAACCCGAUCGAUGAUUGUUGGCGAUGCGAUAAAAAAUGGCAUCGCCAGAGAAAACGGCUAGCGGGUUGCGCGAUUGGUUUCGGCCGUAACGCGGUCGGAGGCCGUGAUGGACGUUACUACAUUGUUACUGAUCCAUCUGAUCAUGACCCUGUUAAUCCUAAACCUGGUACACUACGUUACGCUGUGAUUCAAGACCAACCUCUAUGGAUUGUCUUUAAACGUGACAUGGUCAUUACUUUAAGACAAGAACUAAUCAUGAACAGCUUCAAAACCAUCGAUGGUCGUGGUUCGAACGUGCAUAUAGCUGGUGGUGCAUGUAUAACGAUUCAGUACGUUACCAAUAUUAUCAUCCAUGGGAUUAAUAUACAUGAUUGUAAGAGGACUGGUAACGCUAUGGUUCGGAGUUCUGAGAGUCAUUAUGGUUGGAGAACUAUGGCUGAUGGUGAUGGGAUCUCGAUUUUUGGAUCGAGUCAUAUUUGGAUUGAUCAUAAUUCUCUUUCGAAUUGUGCUGAUGGAUUGAUCGAUGCAAUUAUGGGAUCUACUGCUAUUACCAUCUCUAAUAAUUAUAUGACUCAUCACAACGAGGCUAUUUUGUUGGGGCAUACUGAUUCCUACACAAGAGACAAAAUGAUGCAAGUAACCAUUGCGUACAACCAUUUUGGAGAAGGUCUUAUACAGAGAAUGCCAAGGUGCAGGCAUGGAUACUUCCACGUAGUAAACAACGAUUACACACAUUGGGAAAUGUAUGCAAUUGGUGGGAGUGCUAACCCUACCAUCAAUAGCCAAGGAAAUCGGUUCCUUGCCCCGGGAAACCGUUUCGCCAAGGAGGUGACAAAAAGGGUUAAUGCAAGGGAAGGAGAAUGGAACAAUUGGAACUGGAGAUCACAAGGAGACUUAAUGCUCAAUGGUGCAUACUUCACUUCAUCUGGAGCUGGAGCUUCUUCAAAUUAUGCAAGAGCCUCUAGUUUGGCUGCUAAAUCAUCUUCCCUUGUAGGAAUGCUUACCUCUAGCUCUGGUGCUUUGAAAUGCAGGAUCGGUACGCUUUGUUAAUUAUUUGUAUUUGUAUAACCAAAACAGAACAUAUAUAUAUAUAUAGAAAAAUAUAUGGAAAAGUGUAGUAUAGUGCAUUGCUCUA